AUGCCCACUCCGCUGGAUAACAUGAUGAGGUCAAAGAACAUGGUCUUAGCCUUUGGUGGAGCUGUCGCCGCAGCAGCAGUUUGGAGUAUCUGGGGCGGCGAUAUUUUCCCUGCCGAACCAGACCCCAAGGGGAAGCCUGAAGAAUGGACGAGGGAAGAGAUGAGACGGUGGUUGGCAGCUAGAAAUCUGUUCCCGGGUGAGAAUGACACUAGGGAGGAGCUGCUGGCCCGUGUGUUGGCCAACAUGAGGAUCCCAAGGUCUUGA